AUGGCAACCAUCACCAGCAGGCAGACAGCGUUCGCCUUCGCUCUGACGACGGAGAGACGCGCCGGAUUGAACGCGCACGCCCCGGCGCAGGAUUGCUCGCUCCCGAGCGCGCACGAGCAGAACCGGAGCAAGGUGCUGAAGAGACAGCGCUCCAACUCGCCCGAGCUUCUGCGCUGCAAGCGGCGUCUGAGCUUCAACGGCCUGGGCUACUCCAUCCCGCAGCAGCAGCCGGUGGCCGUGGCCCGGCGCAACGAGCGGGAGCGCAACCGGGUCAAGCAGGUCAACAUGGGCUUCCAGACGCUUCGCCAGCACGUCCCCAACGGGGCCGCUAACAAGAAGAUGAGCAAGGUGGAGACUUUGCGCUCCGCGGUGGAGUACAUCCGCGCUUUGCAGCAGCUUUUAGACGAGCACGACGCGGUGUCGGCCGCCUUCCAAUGCGGCCUGCCCUCGCCCACGCUGUCCAACACCUACUCGGCCGACCCGGAGUCGCCUCACUCUACGUACUCAUCCGACGAGCCUCUGAGUUCCGAGGAGCAGGAGUUGUUGGACUUCACCACCUGGUUCGACCGCUACUGACGUGCGUAAAAGCAGGGCCGGACACAGCAGCCGGGUUUGUGUGCGCACUGGCUCCUGCUCUG